AAUCAUGUUAUUAAAUCACUGAGUGAACAAUAUUUAUUUAUUAUUACAAACUAUGUAGAAAAUUCAGAAUACAAAAUUAUCAAAGUGUAAAAUGUUUAAGUAAUGUGAAAAAAUAGAAAGUAUAAACAAACAUGGAUCAUUAUCUAACGACAUAUAGGAAGGACUAUCUGUGGCCAAACCUUCCGGACUCUGGGGCUGGAACUUCAGAAGGAGAACGAAAAUUAGCGGAGGUUCCACAGCUGACUGGCCAGGAGGUAGCUUUCUAUCAAGCAUGCAUGCAGCACUCCAGGCCUCCAGAUUGUCGCUGCCCACAAUAUGGCGGCGAAGCAGUGCAGUUGCCGCCGGGGAAAGAGGGGGGAUGGAGUCGGAAUGAGGUUACGUCAACAUCGCAAGAAAAGAGCGCUAAUCAAACAUCGAGCAAUAAUCAUCUAGAACCUGACCAAAAUGAAACGAUUGAAUCUGGUAGCAUUGAAGCAGUAUCUACUAAUAACUAUUCAAAACACAAUGCAUUGACCGAUAGUGUAACAACUUUACAGAAUCUAAGUAAAGAACAAGUUUCUUGUCAACCUCGUGUAUGUCGUUGGUAUCAAAGUGAUUCACAAAUUUCCAGAGCUAUACAGAAGUUAGAAAAAUUAUCUCAAGAGCAAAAUGAUGAUAAAAACUUCAAUAAGAUUCAAUCAAAUGUCUUUAAUAGCAAUCAUUCUAACAAUGAGUCCUCGAAAUUAGAAGAUGAGUUCUAUUUUUUCGGCUUGAACGUUGCAGCUCAAAUGCGAAAACUGCCGCUCAAUGUUGCGUUGAAAUUGCAGACUAAAAUUCAGCGUAUGUUAUGCUUGAGGCGGAUCAAGGACCAGAAGGAUAACUCGACGACUUUAGACCAUACCAAUUCAUUGGAGCCACAAAGCACCAAAAGCAAUAGCUAUAACUACGUAGCGGAGCUUCAAGAUGAUGACAGAGAUCCUGAUGAUGACUUCGAUCUUUUAAAAGAGGACAAUGACCGUACCUACGGAAGUCAGUAAUUGCGAUUGCACGAGGUCGGUUUAACGAGUUUGGAACACAACGUCAUUUCAAUUGAUUAAUUUACUAUUGAAAGAAACU